AUGUCUCUUUCAGCUGCAGCAAACAAAAUAUCGGAACGCGACUUCCAGAAUAUAGGUCCUGCACCUAGACCACCAGCUACAACGUCACCGUCCAAAGUUAAUGGUACCGUGGGAUAUAAUCAAACCCGUCCAAUACCAAAAUUUAUGAAUCAAAGAGAUGGAACUCGAAAUUUAAAUUCAGGAAUGGGAGCUCCACAGCAUAUCGGUUCACAGGCAAAAGUAGGAUGGGUUUCUUAUAAAGAUGACGGUUUAUUAUCCUUCAUCUGGCAAAAACGAUAUCUGAUAUUAAGUGAUUCCUACAUUAGUCUUUAUAAAAAUGACAAGUCGAUCGAAGAGCCUAUUUUGCAAAUAGCGUUAACAAACAUUGUGAGUGUGAGUAGAACCCAGUUAAAACAAAAUUGUCUCGAGCUGAUUCGUUCAACUGAUCGAAGCUCCCUUUCUUCUUCUAGUUCAAAUCUUUCUAUAUCUUCUGAUGCUGGAUCGAAAAAGUCAAUUUAUAUUGCCACAAAAACGGAACACGAUCUUCAUAGUUGGCUGGAUUCCAUCUUUGCAAGAUGCCCGUUACUAAGUGGAGUUUCAUCUCCUACAAAUUUUACUCAUAAGGUUCAUGUUGGGUUUGACCCAGAAACUGGAAGUUUUGUCGGCAUGCCCACCAACUGGGAAAAUCUAUUGAAACAUUCCAGAAUCACAGGCGAAGAUUGGAAUAAUGACUCAGCUGCAGUAAUUCAAGUAUUACAAUUUUAUCAAGAAUAUAAUGGUAAUGGGAAGGCUCCAAAUACAACUAAACCCUUAACCAAUGAUUCAAAGAAUUCGUCUCAAACUUCACUCAUAAAUUCAGACUCAAGCAGAAAACCAUCUCCCUUACAAGCAACAGGCCUGGUACCUCAGAGGCAGGCACCUACACCACCAAGAAGUAAAGUUCCUGUAGGACCAGGAAAACCUCAACUACCUCGUCUUAAUACAACUCCAUUAAAUAAUACACAACAGCAUCAAAGAUCUCCAUACUCCCCAGUAAAUGGUAUCCCACCCCGUAAUGCAGCCCGGAAUACUCCAUAUAAACAACCUACAUCUCCAGUGGAUUCUUUCAGACCUAUCCAUAAUAUGAGUAAUCCUUACUCGAGACAUGAACAUCAACCCUCACAAUCACCAUCACCAUCUCCACUGGGGCAAGGAAAAAAGGAUCAAGGUAUUCCAACCAGACUCCAACCACAAAGAAUGGCACCUAAACCUCCAGUAACGGGCCCAUCACCAAACAGUGCUAGCGUAUCUGCGGCUGCAUAUGCGUUCAAGCAGAAGCAACAGCAGCAACAACAACAACAACAGCCAUACCCACGCCCAACGGAGCAAAGAGCAGCACCUCAACCGCCAAGGCAACAAGAAAAUGAACCAAAGAAGGAUAUUGGGGUUACAAAGCCAAGAAAACAAACGAAACCUUCAAUGUCCAAUGCUGAGAUAAUGAGUAAAUUAAAGAGUGUAACCAUUAACACAGAUCCUAGCCCAUAUUUCCAAAUGAUUGAAAAGGCUGGACAAGGGGCAAGUGGUUCCGUCUAUUUAGCUGAACGAAUUGCUAUUCCUCCUGGAGAAUUUGAUGAAACCCCAGAAGUAGGUGAUAAAGUUGCAAUUAAGCAAAUGAUUUUAUCUAAACAACCAAGAAAGGAAUUAAUCGUUAAUGAAAUCUUAGUUAUGAAAGACUCCCGUCAUAAAAACAUUGUUAACUUCCUGGAGGCAUACUUGAAGACUGAGGACGAUCUUUGGGUUGUGAUGGAAUUCAUGGAAGGUGGCUCUUUGACCGAUAUAAUUGAAAAUAGUCCGGCAACCGGUAGUUCAUCGUCUCCAUUAACAGAACCACAAAUAGCAUAUAUUGUACGUGAAACCUGUCAAGGAUUAAAGUUUUUACACGAUAAGCAUAUUAUUCAUAGAGACAUCAAGUCUGAUAAUGUUCUACUUGACAACAAUGCAAGGGUUAAAAUUACAGACUUUGGGUUUUGUGCAAAGCUAACAGAUCAAAGAAGCAAGAGAGCAACAAUGGUGGGUACACCCUACUGGAUGGCACCCGAAGUGGUUAAACAAAGAGAAUAUGAUGAAAAAGUAGAUGUAUGGUCAUUGGGUAUCAUGACCAUAGAAAUGCUGGAAAGCGAGCCUCCCUAUUUGAAUGAGGAUCCUUUAAAAGCAUUAUAUUUGAUUGCUACCAACGGUACACCAAAACUGAAAAAUCCAGAAUCACUAUCUUUAGAGAUCAAACGAUUUUUAAGUGUCUGCCUUUGCGUUGACGUUAGAUAUAGGGCUUCUACUGAGGAACUAUUGCAUCAUGGCUUUUUUGACAUGGCUUGUGAGCCAUCUGCACUUACGCCAUUGUUGGACUGGAAGAAUUAA